GGAACAAGAUAAAACUUGGUAUAAUUCAAGUAAAUUGUGAAACCUUACAUUGAUUUAAUUGUGGAUUAGGCAAGUUUGUCUGAAAGACAAUUUCAUAGCCCCGUAUUUACGCAAAAACUGCAUUUCAACACAUCGAGUUGGGGUUUUUGCCGGGUUUGGUUGGCAUUGAAAGUAUCAAUGUCAAACAAAAUAGUAAAGUUGUGAGUGUUUUCGUGAUUUUUCAUAAUAAUAACGGUGUGAAUGAGCACAAAAACGUGAAUUUGGGCUUAUUUUAGUGUUUGUAGUUGUGGGUUAGUUAAUCUAUAAAAAUGAACAAGAUGCACAUUAUUUAUUUAUUCGUGGGGCUUUACACCGUCAUUGGUGCACCUGUGGAGAAGUCAAUGUAUGACGCUAUUCAAGAAAAGUGUCCGAGUGUUUCCUCAAUUCCUACAUUUAAGUCCCAGCCAUUAUUUAGAAUUUGCAAAGACUGGAAGAAUAUUAGCGAAAUAAGUCAACUGACAGAAACCAAUGCAGCAGCAAUCCGUUGCUUGCUUUAUUAUCAAACAUUUACCGAAUAUUGUACUCAGACUCAGACUAUUAACACGAGUGUGUCUCUCAAACUGGAAUACGAUCUUGAUACUUUGUGUGAUUUUGUAAAAAGUAUGCCACAUAAGAAUUUAAGCUCGAUUUUUGCAACUCGGGACAAUUGUGAAAAAAUCUGCACUGAUGAACUUGAGUUGCCUCACUCAGUAUGUAAGAUGUCUUAUUAUUUUGCACAUCUGGACGUGACGCCUGCAGAAAAACUCGAAAAACCUGUCCCUUUAAAACCCAUUAGCACUGAUAAAAAUACUGAUCAAUCUCCAAAAACUGAAAUUAAACCUCAUCCUGAUAUUUUACAACCCAAUCCCGCACCUCCAACUUCUAUAAAUGCUGCGCCAAGUGCAAAUAAAGUAGUGCAAGAAACAACGUCACAAAAACAGAAAGCCAAAGCUCCAACUGCUGUACAACCGCCUCAUAUUGAAAACCUACCAAACAGUGAGAUUAAACCCGAUAAUACGAAUCCUGUAGUGGUGCCAGAAAAAAAUGCACCUCAAACAGAUCAGAACCGGCAAAAAGCCCAACCGGAGCAAACUUCUGUAGAAAAUCAAAAUCCUGCUCCUCAGGAAACUAAAAAAGUUGACCCAAUUGAGCCAAAACCGCCUCAAGAUGAUAAAAAAGUUGAGCUAAAUCCUGGGAAAAGUGACAAUCAGCAGGAUUUGCCGCAGGAGGAGAAAAUUCUUGAUGAUGAAGACGACGAGGAGCAGCCACCAGAUACACAGUCGUCCCUGAACGCUGGUCCCGGCUCGAAACCCUCAAAACUCGACGAGUCCGAACCUGUGAAUUACUCCACGGAAAUGGAAAACGAUUCUUAUUUCUUUACGUAUUUUAUGGUCUUAUGUGUCAUUUUCAUCGCCGGUUAUGUGUGUUAUCACAAUAAACAAAAGAUUCUCGCAUUGAUUUUAGAAGGACGUAGGGGUAAAAGACAGUAUAGGGGAAGACGACCGAAUUCUGCCAAUUAUCACAAAUUGGACAGUAAUUUGGAAGAGGCGAUCAGCUCGUCGUGUAAGAAAAACACGAGUAAUGUGAUUUACUGAGUUUGGGAAUUUUUGUAAAAUAUGUACAUAAAAUAGACGCAUCAAAUUUUCUAACUUUAUACGGUGUGGAUAGGAUUUGUGUUGAGUGUUUUGUGUUUGAGGCCAUGCUAGAUAUGUUUCCUGAUUGUAUUAAUUUAUUCGUUAUUUAAUAAAUUUUUUCAUAUC